AAUACCUUGCACAUAACAACUUUAAUUUAUUUAGUGCAACAUGGUACUACUAUUUAUAAGUUAGUACUAACAAUAUUCAAGACUUCUAGAUGUCAUUUUGGGAUUGUGACACUAUAAAAGGAAGCUAGAAUUACCUGGAAAAAGGAAAAAAAAAAAACAUCCACCACCAGUAGCAUCCUAAUUUCCUUAUUCAUCGAUCAAUGGAGAUCAAUUUAGUUUCAUUUAUCCUCUUAUUCUCAUCCAUUUUUAUCAUAGUUAGAAAAUGGAGAAGCCAAAAACAAAAGUUACCUCCAGGUCCAUGGAGACUCCCACUCAUUGGGAGUUUGCAUCACUUGAUUAGUGGACAUAAUCCACAUCGUAUUUUUAGAGAUCUAGCUCGAAAAUAUGGCCCUGUCAUGUACUUGGAACUAGGGGAAGUUCCUACCGUGAUCAUAUCAUCACCUUCUACGUCGAAACAAGUUUUAAAAACUCAUGAUCUCGCCUUUGCUAGUAGGCCACAGUUUACAUCCACUGAUAUUGUAAUGUACAAUAAUAAAGAUAUUGCGUUCGCUGAAUAUGGUGACUACUGGAAACAGAUGCGCAAAAUUUGCAUAAUGGAACUUCUAAGUGCGAAGAUGGUCAAGUCAUUUAGCUCAAUUCGAAAGGAUGAGCUCUCGAGUAUCCUCUCAUCUAUUGAUUCCGUUGGGGGUAGCUGUGAAGUGAACAUGACGGAAAUAAUUGUUCGGUUCACAAGCUCAGUGACAUGUCGAUUGGUGUUUGGAAAAUUGUGCAGAGACCGAGAUGAGUUGAUAAAUUUGAUGAAAGAUGCGUUGUUUUUAGUAGGAGGAUUUGAUGUGGGUGAUUUCUUCCCUUCGUGGAAGUUACUUUACAAGAUGAGUGGUGCAAAGUCGAAAUUGGUAAAGAUGCAUCAAAACGUUGAUUCAGUUUUGGAGAGCAUUGUUAAUGAGCAUAUUAAGAAUCGAGCAAUGGGGACAAAGGGUAAUGGUGCGUAUGGAGGUGAAGAUUUAGUUGAUGUUUUCCUAAGAAUCAAGGAGAAUGAUCAACUUCAAUUUCCAAUUACCAAUGACAACAUAAAAGCUGUGAUUUUGGACAUGUUUACCGCUGGGACUGAAACUUCAUCUACAGCUAUUAUUUGGGCAUUGUCAGAAUUGAUGAAACAUCCAAAUAUUAUGGACAAGGCACAAAGUGAAGUGAGACAAGCCUUCAAAGAGAAAAUGGACUUUGAUGAAGAAGAUCUUGAUAACUUGCCGUAUCUCAAGUUAGUGAUUAAAGAAACAUUAAGGCUACACGCUCCAAGUAUAGUCCACAGAGAAUGCAGAGAAGAAACAAUCAUUGAUGGAUAUACAAUACCUGCUAAGGCCACGGUACUAGUCAAUACAUGGGCAAUGGGAAGAGAUCCAGAAGUUUGGGAUGGUCCCGAGAGUUUCAUACCAGAGAGAUUUGAAAAUUCUCCUAUUGACUAUCUGGGAAAUAACUAUGAGUAUCUCCCAUUUGGCGCAGGAAAAAGGAUUUGUCCAGGCAUGCAGUUUGGUUUAGCUAAUGUUAAACAACCUUUGGCUCGACUCCUCUACCACUUUAACUGGGAACUUCCAUAUGGAACAAGUCCAAAAGACUUGGAUAUGAGUGAGAAAAGUGGAUUAAGUGCAGCGAAAGAGAAAGAUCUCUACUUAAUUGCCAAAACGAAUCAAAGUUUGGACGUCAUGCUCUAAAUGAUGAAAAUGAGCUGAGAAUAAGCUUUCAUCAACUUCUUUAGUUUGGUGCCUUUUUUCUCUGUCUUGCUUUUGUCUUGCAGUUUAAGUAAAGAAUAACAUCCACAAUUGGUUAUAGAGUUUUGAUUUAAAAGGUUAGAUUAUUGAAGAAUAUAUUCCACCCGCCAUUUUGUGUAGUAUGUAAAAGUAUAAAUGUAUAAUCAAAUUUGUUUCUCUUCUCUCA